AUGAAUUCUAGAAGCAUGGACGCGAAGCAGCAUAAUAAGAGCAAAAAUAAGUUUUCCUUUUUCUUCUUCAAAAACAAAUACUCUAGUGCUAAGCAGUGUCUUGGGCAAGGGAGCGGUUCUGUGAACCCUCAAGGAGGUGUUCAACAGAAUACCAACCAGGGUCCCCAACAAGUAAGCGAUAACGUGUGUAGCGUCUUCGAGGGAAGUACCACGAACAACCCAAGUAGCCUUAACAAUAACUCUAAUAUGUAUUACAAGAGAAGAAGUAACUUUAGUGGAGCGGGCAUGGUCCCUGCAAAUAGUGUAAGUGGAACAGAUGCGAAAAACACAAGUACCAUGAUGAGCUACAAUGAGGAUAUAUAUAAUUAUGAAAAGCCAAAGUUGCUGAAUGGAAGUACAACCGGGACCACUACAACCAUGAACGCAUACCAUGUGGAUGCCUCUCACGGAAACAGCACCAGUGGAAGUAUUAACAAUGGGGCAGGAAAUCAGGCAAACGCUCACCAAGGAAAAUUUUACAAUAACAAAAAUACAUAUAAUGUUCACGCGAAGAAGGAAGGAAGACAGAACAACUAUGACUCCUACCUCAGCUGCAUGCACGAUGGAACAAGCAACAAUACACAUGGUGAAGGAACCACACAGAGUAGUAACAGGACGUAUAAGAAUUACAAUUAUGAAGGCACCAGAGAAAAUUACAUCAACAUUGGUGGCCCCAAAAAUGUGAACCGGUACUACGAUGUGGCAGAUGCAACGUCCUGCAUGACCAUGUCGGGGCAGAAGAAGGUAAAUUAUUUUGAUUCCAAUGUGGGUGGUUACCAGCACGACGCGACCCACGCAGCGACAACGCACAGUGCGAGCAGGGACGCCGGGGGACAGGACCCCUACGGCGCGAACGAGCAGUUGAGAAGAGAACCCCAAAGGGGAAAAAACGCCCCGCAAGACCCAUCCCUUCUGGGUAGCCAAAAGAAAGAACCCAUGCUAAUAAUGAUUAACGGGGACAGGAACAACAACAACAAUGAGGAUGUGAAUAACAUGAACAUGAAAAUGAAAAUGGUAAAGAAGGAGGACCAUGUGCAGGCGGAAGAAGAAUACGAGGAAGAAGAAGAUGAGGAGGAGGAGGAGGAGGAGGGGGACGACGAUGAUGAUGAAGAGGAUGAUGAAGUGGACGAGGAGGAAGAGGAAGCAGAAGAGGAAGCAGAAGAUUUGUCCCUUCGUAAAAACUCACACAAUGUUGGUACCACCAGGGGAAGCAGUAACCAUGUAGAUGCGUACGCCAAUGCAAAGGAGGUUGUAACUUUUACAAACAGUGAUGCACGCAAGGGGGUAAACACACCCAUGGAUGGGUCCACUAUGGGUAACGCGAGCGCGAACGUGAAUGUGAAUGCAGCUGCCGCGAGGGCAAGCAACCCGCAUGACAGAAACACCAAUGUGGAAACCAUGAACAGACCCCAUGUGUCCACUCCAAGCAACCACCUAACCGGAAUUAAUAACAAAAGUAUGGACCCCAUGACAGGCAGCGCCUACAACAUCGCGUGCAUGUUCAUAUAUCAGUACUACUACGUCCUGCACACGAAGAAGGCCAUGAUGCACAAUUUUUACGCGCAGAAUGCGGUCCUGCUGUUGAGCUUCAAUUAUCAAACUAGGGUGGAUGGCGGCGCGGCAGGCAGCACGGCAAGCAGCAUCGGAGGAGGACCGGGCGGGGGCCUACAUCCAACUAGUAACGAAAACCAACAGAGCGACAUGGACAAAUUUUUCAACCUCAGCCAAAUCCACGUAGAAGGAAGCGAGCGAAGUGGAAAUAUGCUUAAAAUAAAAGGCAAACAAAUGAUAGCAGAUUAUUAUAAUAAGUUAGGUAUUAGUGAAUGCACAGUUCAUAUAAACUCCAUCGAGGUGAUCAAUGUACACGAAGAAAUUUAUUUAUACAUACAUGGAAGAAUAAAAAAAAAUAAAAACACCAAUCUUUUUUAUUACUUUGUACAAAAUAUACAUUUGCAUAAGCACACCGUGUGCCAGUACUACGUCGACGUUGAUUUUAUUCAUUACUACUACCUGGACAUUGUGAAUCAGCAUGUGGAAGACACUCCUGAAUUAAAAGAAAGGGACAAGGCCAUCACAGGGGGGGAGGGUCAUGUGUUUGAUAUGAAAGGAAAGGAAGAUGGUACAAAAAAGAAAUAUAAAGUGAGCAAGCUGAAUGCUACCCUUGGGGGCAAGACAGGCAUCCUCAAAGGUGGAGAAGCAGUUGUCGCUUGUACAUCUGGUGCUGCCACAACAAAGAGUAGUAGCCGUUUAAAACAGGACCCAUGCAAUAAAACAAUAAAUGGAUUGAAAAAAGGAGCUGUGAAGAAAGCAGAUGUAGAACCCGUUUUAGCAUCUACACAGGGGAAUGUCACCAAAGAGAGUAAAGUAAAAACUUCCAACUUGAAGGGACAGAUGGGGGAAGGAAACUACCCUCCUGGACAUGCCACGUACAACACCGCCACCAAACAAUCAGUCCUAACUUUCCCUAGCAUAAAUAAAAAUACCGAGGGAAAAAAUAACCUUGCCAAGUACGCACAACGAGUGAGCAGCCCUGGUGAUGGAUUCCAUGGCGAGGAGAGGGAAUAUGAAGAAGAGGAAGAGGAAGAAGGAGAUUACCUCGAUGUUGGUGAUGAAGAGGAUAUAGAAGAGGACGAUGAGGAAGAUGCAGAAUUGGAUAUGGAGGACGACGAGGAGGAAGAUGAUGAUGAGGAGGAGGAGGAAGAGGGGGAAGCGUUCGAGGAUGAUUUAGAACAAGUGUACGAAGAAGAUAAGAAGGAGGAAGGGGCAUUAUUUAAAAAAGCACAAGGUGUAGUAGGCAAAUCGGUAAAGAAGGGGAUGGCACAGCAAGAUGGGGAAUGCUACGUAACAAACGCCACCUUAAAAAAAAACAAAUUGAAAAAUGAAGAUGAGGGGGGCGAUACAAGGAACAGCAAUGUAAAUGGUGCAGGGAAGACAGCAGGGGAUGGAGGUAGCGAAGCGCAGGAAAGGAAUGACGGGUCGGGCAGGAAGCAGCAAAUGGGGGUUGCCUCCCCAGAUGGUGGUAAAAAGGAACGAACAAAAGAAAAGGCCGCGGCCACCCCCGCAGGGAUGAACACGGAGAAGAGCAGCAUUGGUAAGGAAGGGGAAGAAGAGAAGGACCACGUUGCCUCCAAACCAACUGCAACGACGGACAUGAAGAAGAAUAAAAAAAACAAAAGUGAUGGAACUAAUAACGUGUGGAAGGUAGACAGCGAGGAAAAAUGCCCCAAGAUGGAAACCAUCCUCAAGGAAGAAAAAAUACUUAACGAAAAUGGAAAAAAAAAAAAAAAAGAAAAAGAAAAGAGCAGCAAAGUGGAUCCAAACAGCUGGGUCUUCCGAGUGAUGAAAAGUAACACUGGGACCAAUUCGGGCGAAAAUCAAACUCCCGCCACUGCAAGUCACAAGGUGCAAGAGGGAAUGAAGCAUGAUGAAGGGAUAAAGCAUGUAGAGGAGGAGAAGCACACUGAGGAAGGAGAAACUGAUGUGGAAACCCAAGAGGAAGAAACGGAAGAACAUGAAAUAAACGCAAAUGAUAAAAAAAUUAUAAUUCAUAACAUACAUAAAAAUAUGGAUAAAAAAAAAAUUAAUGAUUGUAUAAUUGACCGACUGAAAAAUUAUAACGACGGACAUGCUGUGCAAAUCGAUAUAUACCAGAGGUCAGCUAAAAAGGUAUUUCCAAGUUCCUUCAAUUCUGUGAGCUAUGAAAAGGGGAAAACUCCUGAAAGCUAUUCUUACGCCAUCGCUGAGCUGGACUGCAGGCAGAGCCAGAAACUCCUUUUAGACCUGGGGCUCUACUGCAACGGUAUUAAAUUGAGCAUUGAAAAUUUUAAAGAGAAAAGGAAAACGCCCGAGGCUGCCAAGAGGAACAGCAGGAAGUUUAGCGGCUUCGGAGGCGCCGCACCUGUAGACCAGUCCAAGGGAAAGGAAGACCGCUACAGGAACUCCUUCUUCCGAGGCUCUUCGGCGACCGUCACGACGGUGGGCGUGGCGCAGUUCAGGAGCAAGAGGAACAACAUUUUUGUCAAGUGA